AUGACCUCGCUCAACCCCAUCUCUCAGCCUCAAGAAGAGGAAGAAAAGAAACAGCAGCAAUCGUACUCGGACUGGCUUCGUGAACAAUACAACAUUCAAUACGAAAAAUGGUAUCCUUGGAUCGAAGAUCAGUAUUUGAAGUGGUUUGGAAAGGGCGAUAACAAAGCUUCUUAUGCUACGAAGGAUACUCUGAACGAAUCUAAGGUCGCUGGUAUCAACCAGGUUGAUCAACUACAAGACGACGUGCACAAUCUAGCCGGAAAUCAGCUCGGCGAUAACGGAUUGCUGUCGCCUGUUGGUAAUCUGGUUUCGAAGGAGGGGAUUAAUAGGGCGGAGAGGAAAGGGAAGGAUGAGGAGGGGAGAUAUGGGUUUGGAGGUUCUGGUAUUACAGGGAAAUGA